CCUCCGUUGUGAAGAAGAUCAAAGGAGAAAGGACUUCACCGCGCAGAGCUUUACAUAAUUAGAUGAUUAGAUGAUUAGAUGAUUAGAUGAUAAUGUUUAAAUAAUUAGAUGUUGCUGCGAAUUAUGUAUGGCGAUAAUUAUGCAUUUUUGUUGAACAUGAUUUGAAUCGAAGUUUUGAGCUGACUCAAGAACCAGAAAUGGCUGAAAAAACUUCCAACGCGUAUGAUAUUUUUCAUUCGACUCCAGUUUCAUUGCAGCAACUAUCAGUGAUCGCUGUUGGCCUGGAAUUAUGGCGUUCUGAAAUUAAUGAAUAUCGCAAAAGGCAAACAUUGGAGAGAUUUCGUGCUUCAGACAAUAUAGCCUCAUUGAGAACUAAACUGCCUAAAUUACCAUCGGUGAUUUAUGAUGUGAUCGUGAAAUUUGUCACUAGACUUGGGAAUUCAAUAGUGGAUUGGCUUAGGGAGCAUUCUAGAACAGUAUUUCAUUUUGAUAUACGUUAUCGAAGUUCUGUUUUGGAAAACUUCGAUGAUUUGGUUUGCAAUUACGACGGAACUAUCGAUUUCGUAAAGACAGCCGAACGUAUGAUGCAUCAUGAUAGUUUCGAUGAUGUUUUGAAAUUCAUCGUAGCUUGCAGAUAUUUUUUGGAAGAUCACGUAAGACGAAUAUGGCCAUCAGUAUGGCAAAAGAUGGAUUUGAGAAAUAUUUCUUUCUAUAGAAAUCCGCUGUUGUACUACUGGAUUUGUUACUGGAGUAAUCAGUUAAAUGAGAUACCAACCGGCAGGUAUUACACGGUUGAUGAAAAGAUGCUUGAACAGUGCGUUAUUAUGUCUCAUAACAGAUUAGCAGUAAAUUAUUUUUGGAAUCGUGUACCAUACGAAGACCAAAUGGGAAUGGCUGACUACCUUCUUCGACAAAAUAUUGAAGGUUUCGUGAGCUGCAUCUUACCGAAAAUGGACAAUAAACGAAUGGAGAAAUUCGUCAAUGAGAAGGGCGAAUCCUUGAUGCGAGCUCUGCUAGAAAAUCGUUCUCGCGAUAAAAAGCACGUCUUUCAAUUAGCAAUGAGUUAUUUUUGGAAUUUUGUGCCAUAUGAAAUGCAAGUGAAAUUGGCUAAGGACGUUUUUCGACGAAAUAGAGGAUGUUUCGCGAGAUACAUCUUGCCGUGGCUGAACGAUCAACAAUUAGAAAAAUUCGCCAACGAGAAUGGUAUUGAAUUGAUGGAAGAUCUGCUGAAAGAUUUCUCUCACGAUGAAAGUCUUAUCUUUCAAACUUGGUCGUGUAUAAAAAAUACACUGAAUGAUACGAGUAGCACUUUCUCUAAUUUUGUUCGAAACAUGUUGAGAACGGAAGCUGGGUACAUGUAUCAUCAAAGAGUGGAGAAAUGGUCAAAAUGGUGUUGCGAAAUAUGGAAUAGCGCGCCGCAUCAUUUAAAGAGAUCAGCGAUUAUAGAUAUUUCGUCCGAUUUGGAAUUGAUCAUAUGUCGAAAAGAUGAUAGGCUUACUACACAUGUUACCUCUUGCCAGUUCCUAUUAUCCAUUCUUUCGGAUUUUACUUUGCAAGAAAGACAGUCGUUUUGGCGUAACUGCUGGAAGAAUUUGAUGCUGAACAAAAAUGCCUGCGAUUUGCAACGAAUAAUGGAAGCAUGUUUCGAACACGAGAAUGAUAUGAUCGAGUUCAAGGAAAACGUUAUCGCUGAAAGUGAAAAUUUGCAGCUCCGUUGUGUCUCGUCAUUAUCCGGUGCAGAUUUCGACGAAUUAGACGCUUUGAUUAAUUUUGGUUGUCCUCGUAGUGCAGAUACUGCGAAACGUUUGGAACAGCGCUGCUUGCAGUCGAGUUUUCUUGACGACAGUUCCCGUUUUUACUAUCCACACAUUGUUCAUUGCAAAGAAUUCAAUACAUUCGUAAAUAAAGCUUAUGGCAGCGUCGAUCUCGCGAAUGAUUUCAAACAUCAACUGAUAUCGUCUCCUGAUAAUCUAAGGACGUUGAUGGCCUAUGUUCGAAUGCCACAUGUUUCCUACGAAGAAUUCAGGAAAUUUAUCGAAACAUUCGUUUCAAACGAACAAAUUUUACAACAGAUGAAAUCCUUCAUUAUUGAUCAUCUGAAGAAGGCUGCUAUUCGUCGUAGCGUUACCAUUAAAGAGGCUAAUUCUAAACCUUUCUUUAAACACUUUUUGCUGUGGUGCCUCGGAAGUAAUGAGCUAGUUAUGGAAUUCCAGCAAACUUAUGUUACACCUUGCCUCGAGGCUCGAAGACAUUUUCGUUUUAUAGAUGAUUGAUUAUAACUUUCUUUUUUAGCUAUUUAGUUUACCCAACUUCUUUUUUCAUUAUUUUAAUCAUCGUAUUACAGUAAGUUGAAGUUUAUAAAAUUAUUUUGCGUUCAAUAAAGUGUAUAAGAAAAUGAGA